AUGAAGUCAUCCUUUCAAUCUGAUCGUCAUCAUUCACACAAUCAUCAUCAUCAUCAUCACUCCCAUCAACAACAUUAUACUACAAGUCCAUCGCGGCCAAGACGAUUGAGGACAACUUUUACCACGUAUCAAUUGCAUACAUUAGAAACAGCUUUUCUACUUAAUCAAUAUCCAGAUGUUGCAGCACGUGAUCAAUUGGCAAAUCAAUUAAAUUUAUCAGAUGGUCGUGUACAGGUUUGGUUUCAAAAUCGACGAGCUAAAUACCGUAAACAUGAAAAAUCACGUACCAAUAAUCAUGACACUAGUAGAAAUCAUAAUGGCAGCGAAAUCAAUCAUGAGACAUUUAAUAUGUUACCUGAUACUCAAACACUGUGGAAUACGCUGAAUGCGUAUACAUCAACACUACAUCAUUUAUUACCUAAUCAUUCAAAUCCAUUAUUGUAUUCCACGGAUAAUUCAACGUCUACGCCUAUAACAACAUCAAUUACUACUUCAAAUAUUUCACAAGAUAAUCAAUUACAAUCACAAUCACCCUCAUCAUCUUCAUCAUUAUUUCUGCCGAACGAUGACAUGGAUUCAAAAAUAAAAUCAAUGCAAACAGCAAUUGACGCAUUGAAUACAACGCUGAAAUUGAAUCCCGCACUUGAUUAUACCACACUAAUUAAUUCAAAAGAUUUAGCGAAUAUCCUAAUGGGAUUUAAUGGAAAUCAAACAACCUAUCUACAAUGA